AGAAGACGAUGAAAGCCCGUUGAAAGUGGUCUGCUACUACGGCAGCUGGGCCGUCUACCGACCCGGGCAGGGCAAGUUUCCCGUGGAGGAGAUCGACCCCUUCCUCUGCAGUCACAUCAUCUACGGCUUUGCCGGCCUCGGCUCUGAUGGCCGCAUUCGGGCUCUGGAUCCGUACAAUGACCUAAAAGACAACUGGGGCAAGGGCGCAUUUCAGCGCUUCACCGGCCUGAAGACGGUCAAUCCGAAGCUGAAGAGUCUGAUCGCGAUAGGCGGCUGGAAUGAGGGCUCGGUGAAGUACUCCAACAUGGCCUCCAGCGGAGAGUCGAGGGCGGUCUUUGUGCGCAGCGUUGUCGAGUUUCUGGACCGCUACGGUUUUGAGGGGCUGGAUAUGGAUUGGGAGUACCCCGCCUCUCGAGGUGGCAAACCGGAGGACAAGCGCAACUUUGUCCUCCUUUUGCAGGAGCUGAAAGAAGCCUUCCGUCCGAAGGGCUACCUCCUGACGGCGGCCGUCUCUGCGGGCAAGUACUUUGCCGACCCUGCCUACGACAUUCCACAGGUGUCCAAGUACCUGGACAUCAUCAAUGUGAUGACCUACGACUAUCAUGGCGGUUGGGAAACCAAGACCGGCCACAAUGCGCCGCUCUACGCCCGCCCCGACGAGUACGGCAAUGAUCGCAUACUCAAUGUGAACUACUCCAUCAACUACUGGAUCUCCAAUGGGGCACCUCGCAGCAAAAUUGUCCUCGGCAUGGGCAGCUACGGCCGCUCCUUUACGCUAGGUCGAGCGAAUGCAAAUGGGCUGGGGGCGCCGGCGCCGCAGAAGGGCCAGGCAGGACCGUACACUCGAGAGGGCGGCUCGCUGGGCUACAAUGAGAUCUGUGAGAUGCAACAACGCGACCCCGCGGCGAUGACCAUCGUCUGGGACCGCCACCACCUCGCCCCCUACGCCUACUGGGGCCGGCAGUGGGUGGGCUACGACAAUGUCCGCUCGAUCACGCUGAAGGCGGCCUACGCGCGGGCGAUGGGCCUCGGCGGGGCGAUG